AUGCCUCCUCUCACCGGAAACCCCAAUUUGCAUGCGACCAAGGAUUUCAUUGAGGGACUCGUUGGGCAUUGCUUAUGUGGAUCGGUGAAUGUUACAAUCAAUGAUCCAGACCUGUUUACUAGAAGAAGAGGGCAUCUCUGCCACUGCGCCAACUGCCGAAAGGUUUCAGGCAGCUUUGCGGCGAGCAAUCUGAUCAUCGAGCAGGAUAAGAUUCAGAUUGAGGACCGUGAUUCCACGCUUGCUAUGUUCUUGGAUACUGAGACGGGAAGUGGCAUUCCGAUCGAAAGGUGGUUCUGCUCACGAUGUGGAAAUCCGAUAAAAUCUGUAACACCUACCUUGGAAGGGAAAGUCGUCAUGAAAAUGGGACUGUUCCCCAGAAUCCCGGCACCAGAGUUUGAAACAUUUGGUCUGCAUAGACACGAGUGGCAAGGGUAUCACCCCGGCGUGGAAGUGUAUAAGAUCAAGGCAUUUGGGGAAAAGGUUUAG